GAGAAGACUGGAUGAACCUUAUUCCUUUUGUUCUCAUCGUAAUGUUCAUGGUCUAUUCUGUGGGGAAAACAAUCCUCUCUCGGAGAAAGACUGUACCGAAGCCAAAGGUGAAUCAAUCAAUUCAGAAGGAAGACUCCAAGGUUGUAACUCAGAUGGACAUUGAAGACAUUGGAGACAAGAUGGCUUUUUGCCGUUGCUGGAGAUCAAAGAAGUUCCCCUUGUGUGAUGGGUCUCACAACCAGCAUAAUUCAGCCGCUCGGGACAACGUUGGCCCACUCCUGCUGCUCCGCAAUGCUGAUGACAAGUAGGGGAGUCAAGCCGUCAUCUCCCACAAUCUGGUCCCUCACCUGUACCAUUCCUCUUUCAGACACAGAGGAACUAUUAGCCAUAAUGUUGGACUUGGUUGUGUUGAGCUUCAUGUAUUUCAUAUACUCAGUGAUGCAUGCAGAUGUAGAUUCUACAUGGUUGGGUUGUUUUCGGUUGUUUGUUUGUUUUUGUUUUUUUCUCAAAAUGUUUGUAAGAAGAAGUGAGCAUUAACAUCAGGUGACUUGAAUUUGAAGAUGAAAGAUCUUAUGUUUAUGUUUGUAAACAGUAUGUUAGACCUGCAUGUUUACCGACAAUCGUCUGAAAUCCGACAAUCGCGACGCG